AUGCAGGCAGGUGAUGAGAGCCGUCUCCACCAAACUGCUGUGGGCCAGAUGCUUGCAUUCACACUCCAAGCGCUGGCCGCUGAAGCUCCAUCCCAAGAGUGGCACAAUACCGCACAUCAACAGCUCUUGACCUGGAAAGUCAAAUACUUGGACAUCUUGCGCGAUAUUCCUGAAACAAUUCACAAGGAGCCGCCGCCCUCAAAUUAUUGGCCUUCACACUGGAAACGGAAUCCAAAGACACACAAUACAUGUUCCCACGCUCGCUGUAAUCCAGGUGUAUCUACCCCGGCAGGCUUGCCAAGUGAAAGCAGUGAUAGUGAUGAGGAUAUGCCUUCACUGUCCACUGCACCAGCCGUGCGCAGUUGA